AUGACCAAUGUUACACCAAAAGAAUCACAAUUUUACGAAAAAAAGAAAAAUACUAGCAUUGACAACAAACAUAUUAAAAAUGUGACAAACUUAAUAUACUUUCUAGGAAUUACAAUACGUAUAAUUAUUUAUUAUUAUAGCUUGUGGCAAGAUAACAAUUUGGAUGUAAAGUUUACAGAUGUUGAUUAUUAUGUUUACUCAGAUGCUGCCAAGUAUGUACUAAGGAAUGAAUCGCCAUAUAAAAGAUACACUUAUCGAUAUACGCCUAUACUAGCAUACAUAAUGCUACCCAAUUUUUUUCUCCAUUUUUCUUUUGGAAAAAUUCUCUUUUCAUCCGUAGAUUUUCUUAUCAGCAUUGUUAUAAUUAAAAUAUUGCAAAUUAAAUAUCCCUCAUGCAAAAAUUAUAUUUUUUAUGUGUCCUUAUGGAUUUUAAAUCCCCUGGUUAUCAUCAUAUCGAUUAGGGGGAAUGCCGACUGUAUUCCUUGUCUAUUCGUUUUAUUAACGCUCCUUUGUAUUUAUAAAAAAAAAAUUUGCCUUUCAGCUAUUUUUUAUGGGCUAGCUGUUAAUUUUAAGAUAUACCCAAUUAUUUAUGCCCUCCCAUUAAUGCUAUAUUUAAAUAAAAAUUAUUUGACUAAAGACAAAAUACUCCAGUCAAAGAAGGAUAAAAACUGUUUUGUAAAUCCAAUUACUCACACCUUUAUAAUAAUCAAUCAAUUCUUUGUCGAAUUGUUUAAACUGAAUCGUGAUCAGUUAAUAUUUUUUUUGUGCAGUUUUUUUACCUUUCUAGUGAUAAAUGUGCUUUUUUACAUAAUAUACGGAUACCAGUUUCUUUACGAAUCCUUCAUAUACCACCUCGUUAGACGGGACCACAGGCAUAAUUUUUCUCUCUUCUUUUAUCUUAUGUACCUAGGUAUUGAAGAAAAUGCAAAGAUUAUUCCCCUUAUAACAUUUGUACCGCAAGCAAUUUUAGUAGCUUUAUUCGGUUUUAAAUACGCACGACAAAAUUUGGAGUUGUCUAUGUUCCUACAGACGCUGGCUUUCAUUGCUAUGAACAAAGUGUGUACAUCUCAGUAUUUUAUUUGGUCCCUCCCAUUUAUCCCAGUUGUCCUCCAUUCCAUAACGUUAAAGGGGAAAAAUUUGAUCCUUAUCGUGAGUACGGUAUUCUUUUUUGCUUUAGCGAAGUCUAACUGGCUCUUAUGGGCAUAUUACCUUGAAUUUAAAGGAUAUAAUACCUUUUUGCAAUUGUUUUAUUCCUCUAUUUUAUUCGUUAUUUCUGAGAUGACAAUAUGUUGGGUUUUUAUGUAUCUACAUUUUAAGGAAAAAAAAAAAGAUAUAUACUAA